UGCCUAAGGUGGGAAAACUUGUUUUUUUUAAAGUUAAUGUGGUGUGUUCAGGAAGGUAAUCAGAAAAUGUUAAGCGGUACCGCCUCAUGUAUAGAUUUAUGUGUGUUUUUUAUAUUUGUGGUUUCUUGUAGGGUGAGAGGUUGUGUUUGAAGUUGUGGGCACCCCUGCACUGCACUGCACUGAUACACACACGAUCCCUCCUAUGAUACAGUGUGGGGACUAUGUUUUGGGACGUGUCCACACGGGGCGCUAGUUGCUCAGACAUGAGCCGGCUGGUGAGGUAGAUCUUCGGGGUGUAGAUCCGCGCCGCACCGCUCUCCUCCUCCUCCUCUAGCCGCUGUGUUUCUGUGUGGGGCGUACAGCUCGGCAGCGUCGCGUCUACCUACCAGCUCCAGGAAUGGACUGACUUUCUAGCUUCACCACCACAGACAAAUCCACUGUUUCUCCACCGCUCUUCGGUGUUCAAGGGACAAACGAGUUUAACUCAAGCCUGGGCUCUUUCUUUCUUUCUUUUUUUAAAGUUGAUUUGUCAUUUUUUUUAGGCGACAACGCAGAUUUAUUUUUUUUCUCCCCCCCUUCUCACUCGCGAGACUUAUUUGUAGCCGUUGGACGAGACGGGAUUCAACUUAAACGAACCCGCAGACAUUUUGUUAUUUCAGUUUUUUCUCCUCCUCUCUCUCUCUUCUUACUUUUUUUUCUCACCAGUGUAGUCGCAGCUGGUUUGAAGAAGAGAGGAAAAGGACCACCACAAGGCGAAGGAAAGAAACCAUUACCCCCACCGUCCGCUUGCCUGCCUGCCGCUCUCUCUCUCUCUCUCCCCCGCUCUUAGCUACAUCCACCGCCGUGUCCUCCUCACGUUAUUAAUUCACGCCGCCGCUGCCGCUUGUGCGUCGAGGCGGAAAGCUUCUUCUUCGCCACAGCGAUGGAUCAUUUUUGACUGACAAGCUUUUGAAGAAUUAGCUAGCUUUUUUUUUUUUAUAGCGCCGAUGGUGGCUUCCUGUUCGCGGACGCAGUGAAAUACCGGGACAGGUAACAGCUGAAUGAUCUUGUGUCGACACAAGACAAGACACCGACUGUUUCACGUCGCUAACGGCGGAAAAGUGUUACUCACGUUCGGCUUCAGGGGGAGGGGGGGUCCCGCUAGCUACCGUUAGCUAGUCAUCCGUGCUAACGCUGGACAGCUCCCGUUAAAGGCUGGGCUAGCUUUGGACAAAGGACCAACGCAAGGAGAAAUAUAAACACGGGGCACUCGGUUGGUCGUGUUUGGGGGGAAAAGACGGCAACAAACAAGGAAUUGACAUGAUGUUUCCACAAUCAAGACACUCAGCUUCAUCGCAGCAGCUGAAAUUCACAACCUCUGACUCCUGUGACAGGAUCAAGGAUGAGUUCCAGUUCCUCCAAGCACAAUACCACAGUUUGAAGCUUGAGUGUGACAAGUUGGCCAGUGAGAAGUCAGAGAUGCAGCGCCAUUAUAUCAUGUACUACGAGAUGUCCUAUGGGCUCAAUAUUGAGAUGCACAAACAGGCUGAGAUCGUGAAGAGAUUGAACGGGAUCUGCGCCCAAGUCCUCCCCUACCUGUCUCAGGAGCACCAGCAGCAGGUCCUGGCGGCCAUAGAGAGGGCCAAGCAGGUCACCCCCCCAGAGAUGAACUCCAUCAUAAGGCAGCUCCAGGCUCACCAGCUGUCUCAGCUCCAGGGUCUGGCCCUGCCCAUGACCCCUCUGCCGUUGGGCCUGAGCCAGCCAACCCUCCCUGCCGUUACCACCUCCUCCGGUCUCUUCUCCCUCUCCUCCCUGCUGGCCUCCCAAGCCCAGCUGGCCAAGGAGGAGAAAGCGUCACGUGACGGAGUUGACAGCCACCGCGAGGAGGACGGAGACAAGUCCGAUUAGAUUGUGUCCCCAUUCAGCUCUGUUUUGAUCCAGAGCCCUGAAUCCCCAGAUCUGAGCCCCCUUUGGCCUACAGCCUCUCCCCUGGUCUCCCUCUCUCUGACCUUAGCUAACAUGGGCUUCAAUCCCAUCACCACAGUUCCAGCUACAGACCCCUAACCACCUCCCAUUAUUGGGAGAGCUUUGGCACCUGCUCCUCAUGUCAGAUUAGUCCAGAUCUCUUCAUAUUUACCCAUACUUGGAUUGUUUCUUUAUCUUUCCUUUCUGUGUCUUUUCUUCCAGACACAGCCUCUCCUUUUUGUAUGUGAUUAAGCUUCUGGGUUUUGUUGGGGUUUAUUUUUUUUUAUCAGGACUACUUUCUAUUUCUGUUCCUUCCUGCCUUCCUGUCGCUCUGCCUCUCAGUUUUUAUUCCUGUUUAGUUUCUGAUUUUUUAAACAUUUUUUCCCCCUCCAUGUCUCUCCUCCUCUCCUCUUGCCUCUGUUCCAAACAUGUCCUUGUUACACAGGACUGAUCUGCGAGACUGAACACACCGUACUGGAGGUGUAAAAACAGGCUAAAUGUUAAACACAGGGAUUCUUUGGCAAGCCGUAAAACUUGUCAGACACAACACAGGAUUCCUACAAACUUCACUUUCCUUAAGAGGUCUUACAGAGAUCAGUAGUGUCGAUAUUUUUUUGGCAGUUUACAUUGCAUGCGUUCAUUCCGAGCUAAAAGUUGGCUUUGAGUUUAAACUGUGGAUUUUUAUGGAUCAGAUCCGAUCAAGUGUUUAAAUAGUGCCAUCAUGCCAUAGUUAGAGACACACUCCCUGACCGAAAACUGCUUUUAGAGCAGAAUUGUUGUGAUGAGAAGACAUCUCCAGUUGACAAACUAGAGACUUUGUGUGUAAUCCUAAAUUUAUAUUGAAAAGGAAAAGCACCUUCUUAGAGCAAUCUUCAUGCUGAGAGCUGUCAAACUAGAUAACAAACCCACUUUAGUAACUAAUCCCCUCCUACUACUUACGAUCCCAGCCUGACCCUGUGAGAUACGUCAGAUAAAUCCACCCAGCACCUUAACUGAAAGGCAACAUUUUCAUUAGUAGUUAAAUGAACAGAGAUGGCACUUGACUCCUGCACCCUCCCACCACCUUUUUCUUCUUAAAUAUGCACUAAUAAUAGAGCAGGCACAGGGGGGGAGAGAGUGUGCAUGUUGUGCGUUUGACAGCAGAGGGCAGUGUGUGUCUUUGAGCAGUCCUCACCGCUGCGUUCAGGCCCGAGCAAAACAAGGACAGGACAAUGACAGAGUACAGGCUGUGUCAAAGGGGAAUGACUUAUUUAUCCGCUCUCUGUGUACAAAGUUAAUAUGCAGAGGCUAGACUGGUGACAUUAAUCUCUGCAUGCGGUCAGUCCCGGUCUCUCUCGUGAUCCAGUUCUUGAGAAAUAGUCUUUGGUCUAUUUUAAAGAACGUCUUAGCGUGUAACUGUAACACACAACCGGACCCGUGCUUUUGAUCCGUCUGUACAUUCAGAUUUAAAUACUGUACAUUUUGAUUCACUGUACAUAUACAGGUCUGUCACAACACCACAUUAUACAGAUGAUUGAACACCUACCUAAAUCAGUGCAGAUCACAUAGCUGAAGCACAAGCAUCCUCCACAGCUGCUCUGAUGAGUAAUAAAACCAAACUCCCUCUCAGCCUCACAAGGCCCCGCACACCUACUUAGCUGUUUUCAAUUAUCUUGUUCGAUUAGGCCUCUAGUCAGGUGGAAGUUGGAGAAGCGAUGCUGGAAGUAUUGCGGCGUCACAAAACUCUGACUGUGUUUUAAAAUCUGUCACCAAAUUGCCUCAUUCAAAGGGGAAUCCUACUGUACCACUACUUUAAAACACACACACCAAAUAACGACAGAAUCCCUAGUUUGAUCCCAGCAGGAGAACUUUGUUGCAGUUGCUAAUGCCCCAUUUAAUUACCCGGGUUUAAUUACUUAACGAUGAACUUUGGCUGACAUGAGGCAUCCAUGUUCGUUUGGCUUUCAGGCACUUUCUGUAUAAUUAAGGGGCCAAGUCAGAUAUAUCAAAAUCAGUCCUAAUUACCAAUCGAAGUGUGUGUGUGUGUGGGAGAUGUCUGUUAAAACACCCAAAGAGUGCUAAGAAGUCUAAUCAGGCAACAUGAGUGAAAAUACCCGUGUGGGUGGAGUAUGGGUAUGUGUGGGGGCUCUAACGAGGGUAGUAGCAGCAAAGGUACCCUCAGUGGCACAAAGAUUGUUUGAUCGACUGUGAGUCGACGGUGGCAGCCUGUGUGAGUGUUGAUUUGAAGUCAGCCUGUGUAUGAACUUGUUUUAUAUAACCCCCCCCUCAAAACACAACACACACAUAUGGACAGACGCAGACACACACCCUUUCGUAUCCUCCUCUCUGUUUCAAUGGCUACGCGAUGGCUAUGAAGAGUUUCAUUCUAAAAUAAGUUGGAAUGACGCAACCCAGAACGAUCUUUGGCAUGAUGAUGAUGAAGCACAUUCGGUCGUCGAAGUCAUUCAGAAAAGAUACUAGACCUACUGUUGCCGAUGUUGGUGGGAUACCUGUUGCUGUGUGUGUAUGUGUGUAUGCGAAUACAUAAACAAGGUGUGUAUAAACAGAUGUACAGGUUUGGCCGUCGUUUAUAAACCACAGAGAUAAAAUGCGUUCCCGUUCUUACUCCAGCUAAAGCUAUCAUGCUACUCUGCUUGUGAAAUAAGCUCGCAGCACAUUGUCUCCCAUCUAGCCACAUACCGUAUGUAUCUAGCUACAUACUGUACUUGUCGUAGUGUUAUGCAGAGCGUGUAGACAAAGUGACACACAAACACACACACAUAUACAUCAAUGCAUGUCUGCGGGGGAACCGAGAUUGAUUUCUUUCUCUUUUUUUUUUUUUCCUCAAAGAAUGUUUGGUCCAAACUUUCUGUGAUCAAUGCACUUGUUUUUUUUUCCCUCUCUCUUCUUUGUUUUGAAAUAUUAAUCAAUAUGAACUAGAACGAGAAUUACAAAGCUGACGUUAUAAACAUACAAAUGAAAUUCUAUGUAUUUGUUAAAGUAGUUGGAGGCGCUCGCCUCUGUAUACAGUUAUACAUAGAAAGCUUUAUGUGUAUAUAGCUGCAUCUUUUCUUGUCUGUCCUGGAUGAUUCUUGUGCUAUUGUGUUACAAAACUGAUGUGACACCAGGGGGGAAACUGCAGUACAUUGACCUUCUUGCCCUUUGUCCCUUUUCUUCUUCUCUGAACCCCCCUACCCCCAAUCCCCUUUAGUCCCCCACAUCCUACCUUCCCAACUUUUUGCCCCCAUAGUGUGAAGCAUUGUAAGCGUUUUGAGCUUUGUAAAGGUCUUUUUUUAAAUACUUAUUUUGUGCAUAAUGUAAAACCUGAAAGUGUGUACUUUGGCAAAAAAAAAAAAUGUUUUGUGUCUGAAAUCAUAGCUUCAUUGAAACAACAAAAAAAAGAAACUAUAAAAAAAAGUACAACAAACAUUUACUAUAAAUAAUAUGAAAUGUUCUGCAGUAAGGAAGGACUUCUGGUGCCUUACAAAUAAAGUCAAUCAAAUCAUAAA